AUGUCGUCCUCCGAGAACACCGAAAGCAGUGCAGAGGCUGUUCAUCAUGAAAUUAUCGUAACUUAUACGAAGAAAACGAAACCAAAUGAUUCAAUUAUAACCCAACGAGUAAUGUUAGAGACGGAAGAUGCUCUUGCUAUGGAGACAGCGUUCACUUGUAGUGAACUCAACCGAUACAAACCAGUCAGAUUGUUCGCAUUGGUUUACCUCAUUGCUGCUAUAUCGGCGAGCGCAACGUUGAGUAUGCUAGUUUCAACUGGAUUAAUGCAUUCGGAGUUGGACAACUACGGUAACAUAGUUUGGUCGACUUCUAGUAGCACUUUAGUUGAUGGUAUAAUCCGAGGCGUACAUGUGAUUCUCUUUAAAUUUCUCUUGAUGUGUACGGAGAAACGAAACACAUUUUUUGUAAAAGUUGUCUUCGUCGAGUUGAUUUGUGGAGUGGUGGCGAUUACAUUGUUUUCAUUGGACACUCAUAUGCUUUCCGAAUAUUCGCAAAUAAUAAUGAUAAAUGUUGUAUUUCUCAAUAUGAAUGAGAAAUCUUCAAAGUUAUUGGGUAUUUGGAAAGCUGUUACUGCGAUUGCUGAACUUCUAAUUGGAGCAUGGAUAGCUUUAUUAGUUAAAAAACACUUAGGAAUGGAUGGAAUGAGAUAUACAAUCAACAUAACAGUUAUCCUCUAUUUUCUUCUUCUUCCAUUCGAAUUCUACGUGUGGAAUCGAGUCAGAAAACUGCGAAAGGAACAGGAAAAGAAACAGACCAUAACGAUGCCAAUACACAAACGGUUUAAACCAAGCUCGAAUGUUUCACAGGAUAUUGAGAUGCAUCCCAUUAAAUCGCCGUAUUACAAGUACAUGAUGGAUUAUGAGCCCGCAGAAUUGGUUCGUGCUCUAGUUUUUGUUGAUACCAUAAACGGACAGACAGUUGAAUCUAUAAAGACGAAGUUAGAAAACACCGGGAUUCGGAUCACGGAACGGGCGCUAAACAUGUUCAUUCAAGAAAUUUUUGGCGAAGAUCCGGUGAGUUGGUUUUGA